AUGCCAGCAAUCGCAUCGGAGGGUCGGAUUUCCAUGACCGUCCAGAGUAUUAUGGCAGACACACCCAUGCCAGCUACCGAGUCACCCGAUGAUCAUGUCUCCGAAGCUGUAUCUGUCAACGCCGUGCCAACCCCUUCAUCUCACAUAUCACAGUACUCGCCCUUGAGUGCAACGUCCGUAGAGCCGCCUCGGAGAAAACGCCCUUUACCCGAAGGCCGCCCUGAUGACAGUCCGCAGCAAUCCCAACAUGCGGAGGGGUCUCGGAAAAAACGCACUCUACCCGAAGGCCGUCCCAGUUCAGGUCCGUCUCCAGCCGAAAUCUCGGACUCUUCCCGGAGGACGCGCGCUCUACCUGAAAGACCUUCUGAGCGCUUCAUCCGAGACGACUCUGACCCGGGCCCAUCGCAAUCACAGGCUCAACUGUCUGCCGCCGCCAGUGCCACUGCCAACCGACGAAGGAGUCAUAAAGUCAGUCGUGCAUGCGACUUUUGCAAGGCCAAGAAGCUAAAAUGCUCCGGCACCAUCCCCUGCGACGUAUGCACCAAGAAGCGCCUUGCCUGCAUCUAUGAUGCCAGCUAUCGCCGUGGGAGACCGCCAACGCCUCCCCCAGCUCCAUCAGUUGGUGUAGAAGCCACAACCCCUGCGACUGGAGUGGUACCAGCUGUAUCUCCCUCAGAGACAAGGAGUUACAGAAGACGGCUUUCGACGGAACCUGCUCCUUCAGCCAUAUCAUCUGGGAGUGCAGCACGGCCGAUGACCCGAGAUUCUUCGCCCCAAGCAAGCGCCGAAGAAAGCGUCCAGCUAGCAUCACGAGCGUCGCCAGAGGUCGACGUUGCUGAGAUUGAAGGCCAGUACUUUGACACGACAUCGAGCUUGACCUUUCUCCAUCGAGCAUGGAAACGCUUGUCGUCACAGAGAUCCAACAGCGGCAUUGUUCCCCAUGUAGCCAGUGGCGGCGAGCAGCACCAGAGCAUGACAAGAGCCGGCGACAAACCCUUCGCAUCGUCAGCCCUUGAGGCACACCCUCUCCCGAACCGUACCGUCGGCCUGAGCAUGUUGCAAUUCUACUUUGAUGUCUGCGUCGUGACCUAUCGCUGUCUACACCAGGGAUCCGUGACCGACUGGUUCAACGCCUUGCUGACAAACGCACUGGAGAACAUGCCUUUGCAUCAUGGAAUAGGCCACGCCAAAGCCUCCAUAGUCUUGACCAUUCUCGCAAUCGUAACUCUGCGGCAGAUUAAGGUUAAAGAUGUUGGUUCCGGUCUGGACGAUGAUGCAGGCAUGCAACGCAGCGACUCCUACUUUUGCCGAGCCACUAGCUUCACCGAUAUGGAGACGGGCCUCCCAAAGCUCGAAUCUGCUCAGGCUCGUCUUCUACAGGUCCUCUAUCUUCUUCAGACAUCGCGUAUGAACCAAGCUUGGUAUGUGUUUGGCAGUAUCCUUCCCAUCGUGUCAGCGCUGGGCUUGCAUAGGAAGUCAAGCCGCAAGAGGACAAGCAGUAGCAAGAGUUCUCCGUCCGAUUACAUUAUCUCGCAGUGCAGAAAGAGAACGUUCUGGGUCGUCUACACGAUCGACAAGUACCUUGCCGUCGUCUUCGGUCGCCCACGGAUGUAUCACGACGACGAUAUUGACCAAGACUUACCCGACUGCGUUAAUGAUGAAGACAUGACACCUCAGGGGAGAUCAAGCGACGAACCCGAAAUGGACUGCCACCUCGAGUCGCUCGUUUUUCACGCCAAACUCGCACAGCUAAUCGACGGCAUAUCUCGCGAAGUGUACUCAAUCAAACCGAUAACAAAGCAUGAACGCCUCCUGGCUGCCCAUCGAUACGGUCGAGCUCUCCAUGACUGGCGCGAGUCACUUCCUCACCACCUGGGCACUGUCCGACCAAUGUCGUUGAUUCCGUCCUUCAGGCGACAAAAUACUGCUCUUAAGCUGGCGUACUGCCACGCCAUCAUGCACGCCAAUCGUCCGUUCCUCCUAGGCAUAACCACUUCAAAAGGCGAUGGUCAACCGACCGCUCUAGAAGACAGCGUGGACGAGUGCAUCAACGCCGCGAAAACUGCCUUAGAAACAGUCGACGGCAUGGCCAGCGAUGGAACCCUGUUUCACGCAUUCUGGUGGACACCAUACGUUACCUUUUGCGCGCUAGCCGUCAUCUACGUAUGGAAGAUCCAGCGGGGAGAGGAUGACAGAGACAAGGGCCUCUUUGAGCUCGCCGAUCGAUGCCAAAACCAUUUGGCAAAGGCUACUACAUCCGAUAGCCCUAGCCGACGAUAUAGCGUCAUCCUGGAAGAGUUACGGGAAGACGCCAUGGGAAAGCAAAAUAAGAAACGGCCACUAGAUCAAACGAUCUCAUCCGAAACUACUGGCAAUGUGCAAGGUGGAAAUAUAAUUCAUGCGGAUGAGUCUUCGGGAAGUGGUCUGGUACCGCCGGCCGAUAUGGGCGAAGUCUUCCAGACACACGGUUUCGAGGGAAUGACAAACUUGUUGGCUGGCUGGGAGACCACAGAUUGGCUUGAUCUAGACUCAUCGGCUUUUGCUAUGUUUUCCCACCCCGAGGGUUCCCCUGUGUCCUGGAUGAUGCCCCCUCUAUGA